UUGCACAUGGUUCAAUGGAUCAUGGAUGACUCAACUUCCAAAUAAAAUUAUUUCCUAAGACAAAAAAAUUUCAGGUCAAAGAUGUAAAGAAAGCAAAAUAAAUAAAUUGUUCGCCAUAAAAUUACUAUUGAAGGAAUUUCUAAUGUGCAAUGUCGUCCGGAAAUGCUGAAGGAGAUGCAUCCUUGAACACAGACGAAAGUGACUCAGAUGAUUAUUACAACUAUGAUGAUGAUGAAGAUCUUGUGUUUCAAGAUGAGCCCAAACAAGAUCCAGAAUACUUUGAUUAUGUUUUAAUCACUCAAGAGGAUGCAGAAAAUAUGUUGGAUUGCUUUGUCGACGAAACUGCAAAACGGUUGAAAGAAUCAAGGUCUGUAUCCAGGAUAUUACUCACACUUUAUCACUGGGACAUAGACAAAAUCUUCCAAAGGUAUAGCAUCGACCCUAGAGCUUUGCUUAUUGAAGCAAGAAUCAUGCCAGAAAGAUCCAUUUCUUCAUUAAAGCCGGCCAGUGAAUGUGAAGUAUGUUUUCAAAGCAUUGAAAUGCCAAUGGAGUUUGUAAUGCAAUGCGGGCAUACAUUUUGCAACAAUUGUUGGUUAGGUCAUGUCAUGGUUAAGCUUGAAAAUGGCAUAGCAUUAGGCAUUGAAUGUAUGAAGUGUAAUAUCUUAGUUGGUUCAGACAAUCUCCUGAGUCUAAAGUUGAAUUCUGAUAAUUUGAAGAGAUUCAAAUUUUUCCUUUUGAAUGAUCAGAUUAAGACGCACCCGUUGUUUCAAUGGUGCCCUGGAACUGAUUGCUCCGCGAUCAUAAAAGCAGAGUCGUGUAAAGCAAAACGUGCUCUCUGCUCGAAGUGCAAAACGUCAUUUUGUUUUCAGUGUGGACAAGACUAUCAUGCACCUGCAGAUUGUCUUGUGAUAAAGAAAUGGUUAACAAAAUGUCAGGACGAUUCUGAAACAGCGAAUUAUAUUCAGGCCAAUACCAAGGAUUGUCCAAAGUGUAUGAUCUGUAUCGAAAAGAAUGGUGGCUGUAAUCAUUUGCAAUGCUACAAAUGUAAACAUGAAUUUUGUUGGAUGUGUUUGAGAAAUUGGACUGAACACAAUCGAGAGUAUUAUGAAUGCAGCAUAUACAAAAAGAAUCCUCAGAUUGCAAAUGAAACAACUGGAGUGAAAGCAAGGGAAGCAUUAAAAAAAUAUUUAUUCUAUUAUGAACGAUGGUAUAACCACGGUGCAAGUCUCAAGCUGGAGGCUGAAACGAGGAAGAAAAUUGAUCAAAAAAUCCACGAGAAAGUCAACAAUAACAUUGGAACAUGGAUAGAUUGGCAAUAUCUCUUGAACGCUGCUGUUCUCUUAGCUAAGUGUCGUUACACAAUCAAGUACACCUAUCCCUUUGCUUAUUACAUGGAGGACGAAAGGAAAGAUCUGUUUGAAUACCAACAAGCCCAGUUAGAACGCGAAAUCGAAAACCUUUCGUGGAAGUUGGAACGGGAAGAACUUUAUAAACGCGGUGACUUUGAGAAUCAAAUGGACGUUGCUGAGAAGAGGCGCCUUACAUUACUCAAAGAUUUCUCAGUCGACUAACAUCAGCUUCAUCACAAAGCAUAUUAAAGGAGAAAUUGGGCAGAAAUACAAUUAAAGAUGAUGUAAUCAUAAUGGUGGCGGUAGGAUAAUUCCUUGAAAAUGUCACUCAUAAACAAAAUAAAGUUUAAGCCAGAACAAUUGGAGAAAAACCCUAUGAAACCCUAUGUGUGGCUUCACCAAAAGUUGACAUUAGACUUAUUCAAAUAUUGAAUAAGUAUAAUAAGGACAUUUGACAAGGAUCCUUUAGUCCGAUGAAUAUUUGUACAUAUUUUACAACUCUAGGACUCCAGCCCUGGGUAUAACCAGCUCAUAUGCCUAGUUUUAUACAGCAGUAUUGUCAGAUCAGUGAUAUUGAUCCUCCUGUUCCUAUAUUCAUGAAGAUGGUAAACUGUUUUCUACUACGGAUCAGCUUAAGUGGAUUCCAUUUCCAUUUCUUCCAUAUGAGAACAUCUUUCUAUAAAUACGCUUGAAAAACGGAAACUAUACUUGAUAUAGGAUGAAAACAAAGCUCGCAGGUCAUGACCAAUAUCUCUCAUCUUCAUGAAGAGGCUUAUUUCUACAUUCAAAUAAUGUUUCGAUGCCGUAUUGAAGAAAGAUGUCCUUCUGCUUAACUGCUGUAAGACCUGAGAUUCUGUAAGUUUGCGUAAACUUCUACAAAGCAAACAGCGAUACUAUGUGGUAACUGAACAUGUGCUUCUUUCAAGUUGUUCGGAGUUGAGAUAUCAAAAAUGAGCUAGAUAUAGAUCAUCGUAAAAUAAUGAUUAUUUCGUGUCAAAUGUCGUGUAGUGAUCACCUAAAAUAGACAAAAACACUCGCGAUGUUUUCACCAAAGAGCCUUCGUCGUGAGAGUUAAAGCUCAUACUGAGACUAAAACGUCGAGAAACGUCGUUUUUUUAUCUAUUUUAAGCAGCUCCAUGCCAUAUUUGGUACGAAAGUGUUAGGACAGCUGCUCUCCGACAUACAAAGGUUCUUGUAAGGUUAAGAAAUUAUCCGAAAUCGCGGAUAAUAAAUUACUAC